CAGUGAGCUGUCAGCUAAGUAGUUGUAGUAACAGCUAAGGAAAGCUCAUAGAUAGCAGUGUUUAGUGUUACGACUUGACCACCAAUCUCCAGUUCACUUGCAAAAUACAGUGCGCCUGAAAAGGCUAAACGUUGGAUUUAUUAGACAUUGCAAACGGAGCAUUAACGCAGGGUUUUUGCCAUGGCUGAUGUUAUAAGUGUCAACGAUUCGUCCACCUCGGAUGUUGCGAAUAGGUUCGCUCGUAAAGGUGCUUUGAGGCAAAAAAACGUCCACGAAGUGAAGAACCACAAAUUUAUUGCAAGAUUCUUCAAGCAACCGACUUUCUGUAGCCACUGCACCGACUUCAUCUGGGGAUUUGGAAAACAAGGAUUCCAGUGCCAAGUUUGCUGUUUCGUGGUCCACAAGAGGUGCCAUGAGUUGGUCACGUUCUCCUGUCCCGGGGCGGACAAGGGCCCCGACUCAGACGACCCCCGAGCCAAGCACAAGUUCAAGAUCCACACCUACGGCAGCCCCACCUUCUGCGACCACUGUGGCUCCCUGCUCUACGGCCUCAUCCACCAGGGGAUGAAGUGUGACACCUGCGACAUGAACGUCCACAACCAGUGUGUGAUGAUGGUGCCCAGCCUGUGUGGAACGGACCACACCGAGAGGAGGGGACGCCUCUACCUCAAGUGUGAGGUCACCGGGGAGAAGCUUCAGGUCACAGGUAGUGUUGCAUUGAAACACGUGAGCCAGAUCGUGAUUAUAGCAUAUCAACCGUAUGGGAUGUCAGUGGACUGGUGGGCCUAUGGUGUGCUGCUCUACGAGAUGCUGGCAGGACAGCCUCCGUUCGACGGGGAGGACGAGGACGAGCUGUUCCAGUCCAUCAUGGAGCACAACGUGUCCUACCCCAAGGCUAUGUCCAAGGAGGCCGUCUCCAUCUGCAAAGGGCUGAUGACCAAGCACCCGUCCAAACGUCUGGGCUGCGGGCCGGAGGGAGAGAGGGACGUCAGGGAGCACCACUUCUUCAGACGCAUCGACUGGGAGCGCCUCAAGAACCGGGACAUCCAGCCUCCCUUCAAGCCUAAAGUGGGCGGCAAAGCGGCGGAGAACUUCGACAAGUUCUUCACGCGCACCCAGCCCCAGCUCACGCCGCCCGACCAGCUGGUCAUCGCCAACAUCGACCAGGCCGACUUCGCCGGGUUCUCCUUCAUCAACCCCCAGUUUAUACACCCUUCCAUCAACUACACAGUAUGAGGAGAAGGGAGGGGAUGAAUCCAGCCUGGACCCCACCCACCACACACACACACACACACCAAUGUCCCCUCUACUAUCCCUGCCCCCCACCCGAACCCAUUUAGCCAACACGACAGAUUCUGAAAACACACUCCUUAGCCGCCCGCAGCUUCCCUGUUUACGUACCUCAGUUUGGGAUUGAAAGAAUGAAAGAAUUGAAAGAAUCUGUCCAUUUAAAUUUGUGCUCUGGAAUGACUUGAAUUGACUUUGGCCAGUGCUGGUGUAUUGACUGGGGGUAGCAUGGGGGAGUUUAGAGGUUACGUCUAAGAUGUCUAGGAUGCUUGGAGAGAGACCUUAGGUAGGAAUGACACCCGACACUGAACGGUGGAGGGAGAGUUCUCUAUGAAGCAAUGCCAGUUUGUGAUUAUAGACUGAUGGACACACGACACCUAACAGUCUGUCGUUCGUAGACCUCCUGACCGAAACCCAUUGCUACGCGAUUUGAUUGGUGAUGCCACCACCUGUUAUCGAAUGAUGCAUUUUUUGCAAUCCAUGAAAGGACGUGAAGGGCAACAGGCCACAGGUGAAGAACAGAGGGCGGGAUCGAUGUGGGCAUUGCACAUCAAGAGUAGUGCACACAUGCUCUAGUCCUGUUUACAAUGGGGUGUCUUUGGUAAUGGGUACAUCGACACCGGUGUACAUCGAUAUUCCAACAAAACAAGUCCCUUUAUUAGAUAUACAACAUGGCAUGCCCAACCAAAAACAUACACAAACACACACACAUAGAUGACGACUGGCAAAAUGUUGCCACUAACUUUUCUUGAAUUGCAGGUAGUAUUGUUCCCUUGUGGUUAGGUUUACAGCCAUUAGUAGACCUUCAGAGAUAGCAGCAGUUAACAGUUGAUAUUUGUACAAUGUCAUAACUACGUUUUAGCAAAGCGAAUAUGACAUUGUUUAUUGUUUGACAAGACAUCUCUAAUAACUGCCAUUAGCAACAAACACUAGUAAGUGACAGUAAGCUCACCAUCCUAACAUUACUGUUCUGCCCGGCGUCCCACUUAUCCAACAAAGACUCUUAUUGGUCGAUGAAUCUCUUUAAAGGAUGUCCUUCAAUCGCUGAAGUUCCUAAUUACGUAUUCAUGUGAUUUUUGGAAGGAAACUACUUGUACUCCUGAGAAUGUUUUUUUGUUGUUGUUUUUGAGGAUUUCGACUAGAUAAAAUUGAUGGCAAGUUAUUGUUUUUAGUUGAGUCAUGCAGAUAAAUUAAAUGACAAGCCUGUUCCCUUCCAUAUAGAUACAGUAUCUUGGGCUAGUAUAGAGACACAUACGAAGACUAAUAUUGGGUUCAAAACUGUGUUCCAGUACCUUGCUAGAGGUUUCAUUCAAUCUGGCUUUGUGAAAUUGAUAGAGAUCAUAUAAUUAUUUAAUUGUCUCCAAUCAUGUUUGUUUAAUGUGAUGUAAUCAUUUUUCCAUAAUUUCUCAUUAACUUUAACACAUACCAGUGUAUUAACUCUUAUGUAAAUAUUCAUGAGUAGUUUUGAAAAAAUAUAUAGCAACUCACAGUUUUUAUACCAACAACUGAAUGUGCUUUUAUUACGUAAGGGGGAAAAAUAUUUCUAUGUAAAGGGGGGGGGGGGGGGGGGGAGGACACAGAAAUGAUCAACUUUGUAACAAUCUCGGUGUUAAAGUCAGGUUGAGAAAACUGCAAGAAAUAUCUGUACAACAUUUUUGCCGAUGAUCCCAAAUGUCAAUUUAUUCAAGCAGUUUGUUUUCCUGGUCUCACCACAUAUCCAAAGUUUAUGAAUGUGAUGAGUUUGAUGACUGGAUUCACUCGUAGUGGCUCAUGAUCCGGUGUCUAAUAGCUAUCCCUUCUGUGUCUGCAUGUUGUUGGUAGGAAUCAACAGUGCAUGUGAUAAACGUAAAUGCUGCAUGAAACUAAGUACCGGGCCCCUGGUCUUAGAAGUAAUGUUUGACUCCCUCACAACACAGGUUUGGGGUCAGUUAAACAUGCGCAGGCCCUGACCACAAGCCGGCAGUUGUUUUGAAAGCUGACCCUGGAGCUGAUUGAAAAUGAAGCUGCAUAAGUGUGGUCUUGGCCAGACCGGUGAGUCCACUUGCUCUCCAAUGUCUCAAAGAAGGGGUUUUCUUUUGUUGUAAAUGUUUGUGUUUGUCUGUGAGAUAAGUUGGUUUUCGUUGUUGAUUUUGUUCUUUCCGCUUUGCUCCAGUAAUUCAAGAAUGUUUUAUGGAAAUAUCACUGUCGCAACUCAUAUCAGAAUGAUAUAUUGAUAACUUUUAAUAGAUUUAUAUGCUACCCCCUCCCCUCCCCUUUUUCUAAGGGUGUUGCUCUCCUAAUGAUUCCUCGCUAACCUUUCGUCUGUGCCAAACCAGAAACAGCCAGAACCCGACAAUAGCAGCGUUGCACUAGCUGUAGUCUCGCCGAUGACUGUGGCUGGCAGCUCUCUAGACAGCGCCGAGGACCCUGCCAAGGCCACACACACUCGUCUGUCCCAACCCGAUGCGCUCCUCGCUAAACACAUGUAGCCACGGGGGCGCUCAUAUAUAUCGAUGUCAAUGCAGUUCCGAUGCCAGUCAACUAGCCAGUCAGUCCCACCACAACAGUGUUGUUUAUGUACUCACGUGCGUGUCUCACCCAUGGUCAGCACCUUUGCACGUGUUUGACAUGUGUGCUUUAUAGCCAGACAGCAGUAUGACGACUUCUCCUUCUGUGUUAACGCCGCUCUACUUUCCCCUCCUACCUCCCUGUGCCUGGCGAUGAAUAAGCAUGUCCGCGAGUGAGCGCGCAAGUGUGCUUGCGGGGGAGCAAUGCGUUCUGAAUACGUUUUUUAAAGACGUGGCAAAACAUGGAAGGAUAACAGACAGGCGGUUGGGUGUCUGAAUGCAUGAACGAACGAGGAAAUGUGUGGAUCGAGUGAACUAUAUGGAUCGAUCAAUGUACAAACCCUGUGCCUCCUCCUGGCCUUUCUCUACCCCUGUCUGGGUAGCUCCACCACUCCCUCCCUCCCGACCCCUCCUUUCUCAGUGCCUGGGCAAUACAUCUCCUUAUUGACGAAGCCCUCAUCCUUUUUCCGUUGAGAAGCAAUCAGUUCCUUUAGGCAGUUUUUUUCCCCUCCCGUUCCAAAUCCCGUUUCCUUUGACACCACCCUCACUCUCUCGGUGAUCUGUAGGGGGUUUGACAUGGGAAGGGGAUUGGCCAAAUGUAUCCUUAACUUUUCCUUUGUUUACAUCCCGCUUCGUAUAUUUUUUUCCUUUUCAAACGUACACGAGUCCACAGAUUUAGCGUUCAUGAAAACAAAUCUUAAUUGUUCUCGGUUCGUGUUUCCUGCUUGGUUUGUAAUGAUUUGAGAUAAAUGUUGGCUUUACCUGUAUUUGUUUCUAUGACUCUUUAGUGUUUAGUUGAUGCUUUCUCCUUCUGGUGUUUCCAGACCUGGGUUGGAAAACAAUGUCUCCAAUACUCUUGACUCGCUAAAGCUUGUCUGGACAGACAGGUGGCAGGGGGUUAACAAACAUGGUUCCUAAAGGUCAGACAGGCUCAAUGGAGCACAGAGAAAGGAUUUGACAGGAUUUGAAAAUACUAUUUACGACCCAGGUUUGGCAGUAUCCUGUCCCAUAUGAAGAGAGGUGGAAUUGGGCCGUGUUUGUGUUCGUGUAGAACACAGUCUAAACCGUGGGCUGAUUGCCUUCUCUCAUACGGUCUCUUAACCUCUCUCGUUUCUGUUCCUGUGUGAACCAAGCGCUUCUUAUGUCUUUGUACAUACAUAAUUUAGAGAUCUACAUACAGUACAUGUCUGUAAAAGAAAGAAUAUAUUGUAUUUUGCAAAUGGUGUAUGUUCGUUCUAACUCCUAACCCCCAGGCCCCUAUCCCUUAACCCCUUGAAAUUAGUCUUGAGCUCCUUACCUUGUAAUCAAUCGUGUCAUUUGUACCUACUGUAUGAUAAUGCAAAUAAAAAAGACAAAACUAUA